AUGCAAAAGAAUUUUGCGUCUCAAAGGACAUCCCCUCAUUACUCCUCGUUUCGCACGAAGCUCGAGUCGAAGCUCUUCAAAGCUAUGAAAAAGGUUUUGGAACUCGUAACAAAGUCCAUUCGAAGAUUUACUUCAACUACGAACUUGACACUGUUGACUUUGAUUGGAAAUCCCUCCGAGAUUCCUAUCCGUGCCGUCAUAUGCUUUAUCACGAAGAUCGUUGUCGAAUCAAACGAAUCCGAUGCGAGGUUUUAA